GUGGCGAUUCUCUGGAAUCUGUGAUGACAGCACUCUCGCUUGCUGCCUUCAGUCCUCGUACAGAGACAGACCGACAAACACACACACACACACACACACAAAGCAGGGAAAGACACCGGUGUCGUCCUAACCUGAAUGGUUUUACCUCCUUCACUAUGACCGCCAGUGGAGUAUCAGACACAAACUAAACAGCAGGUAAGGCAAACCUCCACUACCAUUUUCACAUUUUUUGACCGCCAUCGUCCAGAUGUUUAAACAUGCUAAACACAGCAGGACUUGGCUUCCAACUAAGAUACUUCUGGAUAUACCUUGUGACUAGUGCUGGACUGUAGAACGAGUCAUGGAGGCUCUGUCCAUGGUCACGCAGGAGGAACACCCAACCUCGUCCAUGACACCACUUGACAAAAUGACCUUUUUGGUACAGACGGCUGAGAUAGACACAGAUCUGGAUGGACACGAGCCCUUGGGAAGCACGGGAGAUAAUACGGUGUCACAGGAGAAUGAGAUUUGUGGCAAGAAACGGUUCUGCCAAACCGCAGAGACUAAAAGAUGUUCCUCAUUAAACCAAAACACUGGUAAUAUUUAUUCUGCUUCAUCAGGACAAGUCUGUGCUUCACACGAUAGUAGUAUAAAAAUGGGAUCUACUCCAGAUCUUCCUCAGCCAACACGGGAAUACAUCAAUGAAACUGGAACUUCUGUAAUCGAGAAGGCAUUUGAAAUCCAAGAUAGAUUAAAAGUGCUGAGUAAAUCUGAACACUGUCUAAACGGAUGCUACCAACUUAGGUGUCCGUUACCAGAAGACAACCAUAACUCAUUUGCCACAGAUGUUCAACAAGUAGACAGCCAUGAUUUAGAUAUGGUAGCUCCAUCCAAAGACAACACAACCUCCACAUUACCCUGCCCAGACCAAGUUCCAUUACCGGAGAGCCCCAUCACAUCUGCCAACGGCCUUCCGGUUCCUUCUCCAUCCAGUGGAGGGGCUGAACGACCCCGAAUCAUCAAACACAAGCCCAGUUCUAUCACUUUUGCAGAUUAUGCCUCUGCAUUGGGUCUCAACCAAGGGGUUCAUGAGAGCUCUGACUGUGCCGAGUCUUCCUCUGAAGAGGACGAUAAUGAUGACGAUGAUGUCUUUACGGAGGUAACUCUGAUUAAGGAGAUCCUUCCUGGCUGUAGACACAGGAGAGCUGUAAGAAGGAAAGGAACUACCGGAGGAGAAAGAGAACAAUGUAACGGAGAUGGAGAACUGGACUCCGUAGCCAGCUUCAGUACCGCCACUGGCUAUGAAGCAGAAGAGGAGAACAGCAGCAGGGAGGAGUCACCUCUCAUCCUGCUGUCUCCCUGGUCUCAAUCCAUGACCCAACUCAUGAAGAAACUGGACCAGCUCAAUAUGGAUAUCGAGGAAGCCCUGAGUGCUAGCUCCUCCCCCUCGGACACACCUUGCACCACCCGGCGACAGCCAAUCAGUGAUAAAGGUUUCCACCAGAGCGCGACGGCUCGGGGGACAGAGGGAAACCAAACCCUGAACAAUAACAGAAUCGCUCGAGGACCAAGCUGGAAGGAAUGCCAUGGACAGGAUAUCUUCUUGCCUAACUCUUCCUCUGUGACCAGGGCACGUCCCAGAAAGACAGAGAUGUCAACGAAGAGAAGGCAUGGUGGAGCAGAGAUUGAAGCGAAGGAAGCGUGUGAGUGGCUCCGGGCUGCAGGAUUCCCGCAGUACGCUCAGCUUUUCGAAGAUUCACAGUUUCCCAUCGACAUUACGCCUGUGAAGAAAGAUCACGACUUCUUGGAUAAAGACCUCGUGGAGCCUUUGUGCAGGCGGCUCAACACGUUAAACAAGUGCGCCUCUAUGAAACUGGAUGUGAAUCUUCCGAAAAAGAAGGGUGAGGACUCGGACUCAGAUGACCUGUUCGCCAUUAGCGACAAAUGGACCUUUGAAUGGAGCAGUCGUCGCUGGUCCCGUCUCCUUGACGAGGCGGGGCCGAGGGAGCCAGGGGAGGAGUCAGUUCUUCGGGCCACCCCCAGCAGCGAGAGUGUCCUGACAGACCUGAGUGAACCUGACGUCUCAUCCUUACACAGUGAAAGCAGCAGUGGAAGCGCGGGAGUCCGAGCUCACAGUGCGGACGACUCGGACUGCUCGCGCUGUGCCUGCUCAGACUCAGGUGCCAUGCCCAAGCUAGGGAUUGCCCAUCAUUCCUCAGACCAUCCUUGCUACUCCUCACUUCCUGUCAAGCAUGGCAAGCUAGCCCGGACACGGGCCAAUGACUUCCUGCGACACAUGGAGACUCUGCGGUCGCGUGAGGCAGCAGAAAAUGGGUGCAGGACUUUGGUGAUCAGCGCACCCAUUCUUCAGGAUGAACCUCAAGCCUUGAAGGCUUUUAAUUGCACGGAGAUUAAUGGCCAUGGUGUAUUGACGUCACACUCGAGCAGUGAAGGUAGCAGCAGCCAAUCCGGUGGCAGCACUGUCAGCACUCCAAGUCUGAAGGAACGCAAAGCCCACCGUGAUGAGUACAAGCGGAGUGGCAUGUACCUGGAUGACCUGGAUGUGUUCUCUGGAAUCGUUCAGGGUAAACGCAAUGAAUUCCGCUCUUACGAAGACCUGGUAGUGCACAUCCCGAAAGACCACAAACCCGGAACCUUUCCGAAGGCUCUAUCAAUUGAAAGUCUUUCACCCACAGCUGCACCUCUUAGCAGGGUUCCUGAACCCCAGCGUCAGCCAACCAUGAAAGAGCACAGACCUGUUACACAGUGUUGCUCCCGCGGUAGCCGCGUCAGCAUCUACGACAACGUACCCGGCUCACACCUCUACGCCAGCACCGGGGACCUUAUCGAUUUGGAAAAAGAGGAUCUGUUUCCACAUUUGGACGAUAUCUUAAAGCAUGUGAAUGGCCUGCAGGAGAUUGUGGAUCACUGGUCCAAGAACGUUUUGCCUACAGGAGAGAGUGCAGAAAAAGCCAAGUUGGAGCAGGAUGGGAAAGGUCAAGGGAACACGCAGUCCACGAGUCACAUCACGCUGGAUUUGGAGGGUCAGUCAGUGCUGGAGGGGCAGGUUACCCCCAGCGAUGGGGACAGGGAUGGCGUUUCUCUUAAUGAAAUUGAAUCUACGGGAAUUAGAGAGAGGAGAGACUCCGGGGUCGGGGCAUCGCUCACCCGGCCAAAUCGUUUGCGAUGGCCGAGUUUCCAGAUCUCCAACCGUCUCAGCCAUUCAGUGGCAUCUCUACAGAUCACCAACCAAUCAGCAGCACAGCUCAGCCUGCUGCAGAAGUUCUCCCUGCUGCGCCUUACCGCCAUCAUGGAGAAGUACUCCAUGUCGAACAAGCAUGGCUGGACCUGGUCAGUGCCAAAGUUCAUGAAGAGGAUGAAGGUUCCUGACUAUAAGGAUAAGAACGUGUUUGGUGUUCCUCUCAUCGUGCACGUCCAGCGUUUUGGUCAGCCGCUACCUCUGGGCCUCCAGCAGGCUCUCCGCUACCUCAGGAGCCAGUGUCUCGACCAGGUGGGUCUUUUCCGCAAGUCCGGGGUCAAAUCUCGCAUCCAGGCUCUCAGGCAGAUGAACGAGAACUCCCCGGAGGACGUGAAUUACGAGGAGCAGUCCGCCUACGACGUAGCUGACAUGGUCAAGCAGUUCUUCAGAGAUCUUCCCGAGCCGCUGCUCACCAGCAAACUGGGAGAAACCUUCCUUCAUAUUUAUCAGUACGUGCCUAAGGACCAGCGGUUGCAGGCGGUCCAGGCAGCCAUCAUGUUGAUGUCCGACGAGAACCGGGAAGUCCUGCAAACCUUGCUGUGCUUCCUCAGUGAUGUCACUUCGUCUGUGCAGGAGAAUCAGAUGACGCCCAUGAAUAUCGCCGUGUGUUUAGCGCCUUCGCUUUUUCACCUCAAUAUUUUGAAGAAGGAGAACCUCUCACCAAGAACCAUGCAGAAGAAAUACGCCACUGGAAGACCUGACCAAAAGGACCUGAAUGAGAACCUGGCUGCCACUCAGGGCUUGGCACAUAUGAUCACAGAGUGCAACCGGUUAUUUGAGAUUCCCCAUGAAAUGGUGACGCAGUCGCGGAACUCGUACGUCGAGGCUGACCUCCAGGCCCCGACGCUGGAGGACUUGUGUAAGCAGCAGCAGCAUGAUGAAGAAGAGGAGGAGGAAGGCUCCUGGCCAGUGCAUUUAGAUUCUCGACUUCAAGUCCUGCUCAAGGAGGCGCGAGACAAAGCCAAGGGCUGGGUGUCCUGCCCAAGCUCUGAUAACACGGAACUUGCAUACAAGAAGGUAGGUGAUGGGAACCCGUUGCGGCGCUGGCGCGUCUCGGUGGAGGUGGAAGCUCCUCCGUCCGUGGUGCUGAACCGCGUUUUGCGAGAGCGCCACCUGUGGGAUGUGGAUCUGCUGCAGUGGAGAGUGUGUGAAGUGCUGGACAAGCAGACCGAGGUCUUCCAAUACGUCCUGAACCGCAUGCCCCCUCACCCCAGCAGGGACUUUGUAGUGCUCAGGUCGUGGAGGACAGAUCUACCUCGGGGCGCGUGCUCUCUCGUGUCUGUCUCCAUCGAGCACGAUGAGUGUCCUCUGGUAGGAGGCGUGAGGGGCGUCGUGCUUGAGUCUGGCUACCUGCUGGAGCCCUGCGGCUCUGGCAAGUCACGGCUCACACACAUCUGCAGAGUGGAUCUAAAGGGCAGGACUCCGGAGUGGUACAACAAGGCGUUUGGUCACCUGUGUGCCGCCGAAGCCGCUCGCAUUCGCAACUCCUUCCAGCCAAUUCAUUCAGAUGGACCAGAGACUAAAAUCUGAGUCCCAUGAUGCCCUCCUGCAUCUCUCUCUCUCUCUCUGAGGGACACCCUGGACCCAGGACACCCUUCAGCCAAUGCUGUGACUCUUAAAUGCCCAAAGUAGGGUGUGUGUGUGUGUG